CAAACCAACGCUCGACACUGAAGACAACCUCAAGCGUUGCCGGGAGAGUUGCACACCCGAGUAUCGCGUAAACACACCUGGAACAGGUGGGAAAGCGGCGGAAUAUGGAGGCCGUGAAGAGGUGGAGGUCGGACUGGAGGUAUCCCACCGCUCUGCUGUGCAUCUACGGAUUCUUCAGCACCGUGAAGCCCCUGGAACCCUUCCUCACCGCCUACCUGACGGGGCCGGACAAGAACCUGACAUCAGAGCAGGUGAACAAUCAGAUCUUCCCGGUGUGGACGUACUGCUACCUGACCGUGCUGGUGCCGGUGUUCCUGCUGACCGACUGGUUGAGGUACAAGCCGGUGGUGGUGCUCCAGUGCGUCGCGCUCUUCAUCACCACGGCGAUGCUGCGGUGGACAAGUAGUGUCCCGGCCCUGCAGGCCACGCAGUUCUUCUACGGGGUGGUGACCGCCAGUGAGGUGGCCUACUUCUCCUACAUCUACAGUGUGGUGGAUCCGAAGAGAUACCGGAAGGUCACCUCCUACUGCCGCAGCAUCCAGCUCCUGGGGUACACGGUGGGCUCCGUUCUGGGUCAGCUGCUCGUCAGCUUCCACCUGAUGUCCUACGACAGCAUCAUGGUGAUGACUCUGGUUUUCACUGCCAUCGCUCUCCUUUUUUCCUGCCUCCUGCCAAUGCCAAAGCGGAGCAUGUUCUUCCACCGCAGACACAGCGGCCAGAAGAACCAAAAAACAGAGGGAGAGAAGACCAGUGGAGAUGGGACAAUGAAUGCAGUGGAACAUGCAAGCAUGAAAAAGAUAUCACUGGACGAGAUGAACGGUGAAAAGGUGGAUGAGUGCGGAAAAACUGUGGAAAAUACCGUCAACGAGCAGGAGGAAAAAGGGACGGAGGAUGAGGACUUUGAGGAGUUGGUUGGUCAGGAGAGCUGCCGCCAAGUCAUCCUUCAGCUGUGGUGGGACAUCCGCCAGUGCUAUUCCUCCAGACAGCUGCUCUACUGGUCAUUGUGGUGGGCACUGGCCACCUGUUGCUAUAACCAGACUGUUAACUAUGUACAGAUGCUGUGGGAGCAUGUGCAGCCUUCUCAGAACAGCAGCAUCUACAACGGAGGUGUGGAGGCAGUGUCCAACCUGUUGGGUGCAGCUACAGCCUACGGUAUAGGCUUCACCGAGGUGCGAUGGGAGACGUGGGGAGAGCUGGCCCUGGGUGGAUUCUCUGGACUCGGGGCAGGUGCACUUUUCCUCAUGACCUUCAUCAGCAACAUAUGGGUCUGCUACGCCGGUUACAUCAUUUUCAAGUGCCUGUACAUUCUGCUGAUAACAAUCGCAAUGUUCCAGAUUGCAGCCGGCCUGUCGAUGGAAAGAUACGCGCUGGUCUUUGGAACAAACAACUUCGGAGCACUGGCUCUGCAGACGGUUCUCACUUCUGUUGUGGUCGACAGUGGAGGACUGGGCCUGGCCAUCAUCCCCCAGUUCACCAUAUACGCCAGCUACUUCGCAGUUAUUGCUGUGGUUUUUUCACUUCGGGGGCUCACUACCAUCUGGAGGGCGCAUAGACACAAAAGGGAGACGAUUCCUCCCGACAAAGAUGAACCUCCAUCCUUUGACGAACACAGAUUCUGACCACAAGGAAUCUGACGUGGCUUCAAAUUACUGACUGCAACACCGUGGAUAUAGAUCUUUUUCUUUAUACAAAACAAAUGUACAAGAUUUCCAUCCAUCAGUGUAAAUGAACAGUUUGGUCAUUUCUUCUUACUUAAAAUUCAUUUUAAUAUAUAUACUGUAUAUAUUUACAUAUUAACUUAAAAUGAUCUCACACCCAAUGCAAGUGGUUUUCAGUUCAUAAUCCAUUAUUGUUACCCAAAUAUGGAUGUGGUUCACUGUAGUUGAGGAGCAUUGUGAGUCCCCGACCCAUCCCUGAAGCAACAUUCGCUCCUUUUCCCCUCCCAUCUCUACACAACAUAAUGUGCAUUCUUUUCUUUCUUUUUUUUUUUUUUAGAGGAUCCAUUAGAGGAUUGCGCACAAAUAAACAGGUUCUUUACAAAUACGGUAAAUGGCAGUACCCAUUAGCUUUUCCAAGCAACAGCUCUGUCUUAACAAAUAUUGUGUUAGAUACAAAUACUGAUAUGCACAAAGAGCUAAUUUCCUAAAAGAAAAAAUAAUCUGUACAGAAUUGCAGCAUAAUGAAUGGGAUAUACUGAAUGCAAUAACUUAAGUUUUCAGCCAGUUUGAUUAUACAUUGUGGCUCAGUAGAGGCCAGGCCAGUUCACAGGUUAAAUAGAGAAGAGGGGAUCAACCUCUCCCUCUGCACACACCAUCACUUUGUUUUGUAGCCAUAGACAGCGUCGGCAUGACCGCCCGUCGUAUUCUUCCUUUAGUGACAAACUGCGAUAGAAAAUACAAAUCCUUACAAACAUUGUGUUUUUAAAGCUACUUGUGAAACAAAACAGUGCAAUAGGUGCAAGCGCGCCAGUUGUUGACCCUGAAGUGCAGCUGAUUGGAUGGAUCGCUAUAAGAAGGGAUUCGUGGAAGAGCCCCCUCCUGGAUACUGUGCAGACGGACCUGCACCCUGGGAGGAAGAAGGAACACACAAACAAAGAGUCAGACAAGUAGUGUUGAGGAUGGUCAGAAUAAAUCCAGUGUCCAUUAAUAAAUCUGACCGUGUCUAGCUUUAACCCAACCAUCGGAGGCUUUUUUUAUUAGAACUGACAACAGUGGGAAUAAAUUGACGGCCUUAUCUCUAUCAAACAUUAAUCUGAUUAUAAUUUUACAGGAAGUCCUGUCAUGUUGCCCUCUUACUAACCAGGAAAGGGUUACUUGAGACCAUCGGUCCAGCCACUGCCUGCCCGAAAGGAGUCACAACGGACUUGGCCGGGCCAUAGACUGGAUAUCCUCCACCUGAAGGACAUGCACAAAAAACCAAACAAUUACACCAACAAGCAACCAAGUAAGACUUCAUUACUCAUGUUUAUGUGAGCAAACCUAAAAUCACACCAGGAAAGAACAGCCUAAAUCCAAAUGUAAGGUUUAAUUCCAGUGUACUUAUUAAUGCUGGCAGGUCUAAAGUACAUGUUCUACACUGAGACAUACACACCGUUGGGUUGCUGGGGAUAUGCAGGAGGCUGAGUGUAGGGAGCCUGCCCGGGGAAGGGUUGCUGGAAGGUUCCACUGAAGCUGGUGGGAAGGUUGUAGCCAGCGGCAUUCCCAAAUCCAGCUGGCAUACUCAUGGAGCCUGUGGCAAAUGAGGCUGCUACACAGCAAGACAGCAAAAAAGAUUAAAGACGCUUCUAUACCACUCAACGCCAACUACAGAAUUACAACAUAUACUGGUUUAGAAGUUUGCCUCUAUUACAUCUUCAUCUCAUUUUCAAAAUUAUGACAUUCUUUUUACAACAGAAACAUAUCAGCAGAAAAACAAACAAAAUAUUGAAUACUAGAGGGUUAUUAAUAUCAGCAGUAUAUUAGAAAAAGCAUUAUACAGUAAUAUUGUUGUACACUUAAAUAAGUGAGGGGAUGAACUGGGGAUUACAGAGCAGUCAACAAUAAAGCAAAAACGUUUUAUUCUGCGAGAGCAAAUUAGGAAUUAGAAAUAUACCACUUAAGCCAGGCAGUACAUUUGAUCACUGUUGCUUUAGCAUGUGAAUUAUUGCAUGUGUGACUCUGUAAUCCAAAGUAUGAUUCCUUCAGAAUCUCAGUGUAUGUUUUUGUUUUUAAAAACAUCCAAAUUUAGAUAAGUUUGUCAACAGACAAGCUUUAGGAAAAAAAGAGGGAUUGUGCUCUUCAUGUUAAGUCAGGAAGAUUAUUUUUGAAGUGUAACUGGGUUUAUUCAUUAAAUGAUGCAUUUUUUCCAACAUUUAACUUAACGAAUAACAUUUUAAUGUACAUUAAGAGGGGUAGCGUUAGUUAUGAUAAUUCAAUGUCUCAAAAAAAGAGACCAGACUUCUUGCCAACUGAUAUGAGGAAAAUGUUGAGGAAGCCUCUGUCACUAAGAUGUGGAGUAAGAUGACCCUUUUCUCUUGGACUACAGCUCUUACGGACUACUCUCCUUCUAUUUUUAAAUCUUUCAAGGGGACUUUUUAUUUCUCCAGACCUACAAGAUGCUCCGAUGUUUUACUUAUCCUGUGCGAUGCAUUCAUUCUUCUAUGGUGAAAUGUUGACUUGAGGACCAGAGUCAUCACCAAGAUGCUGUCGUAGGACAUCAGGUGGAAGCUUGACUUGUCACAAACCCAUAUUUUCUGUAUCACGGCACUACGUUUACCUCAACCCAACAUUUUCCUGAUACAUUUGCAACAGGAAAAAGGAGGCAUUGCCAGAGCAAGGUGAAGGAGAGCAAAGGGGGAAACGGGGAGCUUGAGGGAACCUACCAAACGUGGGAGGGAAACCCUGCCCAUGUAGAACCCUCAUCAAGCCUGUCCAGCAUGGUGAGAGCAAUCAGACAGACAAAUUGAAACUCAAAUUCUACACAUUACUUUUAUCCCCCUUGCACACAUCAGUAAGUAACACCUUACGCUUGUCCGAACUGUUCUGCACAAUUCAUAUUUUGUUGAACAUUACAAUUUUAUUUUUCUACUUUAGCACUGUGGUCUCACGAAUCUUAAUUGUUAUGGCAGCCUGGGCGAUGAAAUCAAACAAAAAUGACACUUUACUCAUAAUGUAUACCUGCAUUUACUUUAAAAAUAAAAUGAUUUUAACCUGCA